UUUAAAUUGAAUCACGUAGACAUUAAUAUAGUUUUCUGAGUGAGACAUUUAAGUGUAUAAAUUAAUUUUCAGUGAAGUCUAAAUGCAUUUGGCAAGCGUUCUGUGCGUUUGUUAUUUAUAAGUCAUGUUUUAGGACAGUGAUAGUACUUUUGAAUUACGCGCGCGCAUUCUUAGCAUAUUUCCUGAAAGUUUAUAUAAAAGACAUAGGAUGGACAUCCGCCGGCCGACAUGUGCCCUCGCUGUACUUCUCGUCUUCUGUUUGACAGAACUUGCGCAAUGCAUGAACGCAAAGAUAAACUUCAGGGAGAAGGAGAAACAGAUCCUCGAUCAAAUCCUCGGUCCUGGCCGCUACGACGCUCGCAUCCGACCUUCCGGCAUCAAUGGAACUGGCGAUGCGCCCACGUUAGUGCGUGUCAACAUGUUUCUACGAUCCAUCAGCAAAAUAGAUGAUUACAAAAUGGAAUAUUCAGUGCAAUUAACAUUCAGGGAACAGUGGUUGGAUGAAAGGCUGAAGUUUAAUAACUUAGGAGGACGUCUCAAGUACCUGACCUUGACGGAGGCGAACAGGGUGUGGAUGCCUGAUCUAUUCUUCUCUAAUGAGAAGGAGGGUCACUUCCAUAACAUCAUCAUGCCCAACGUAUACAUCCGUAUCUUCCCCAACGGCAACGUGCUGUACAGCAUUCGGAUCUCGCUGACCCUCUCCUGCCCUAUGAACCUCAAGCUUUACCCACUUGAUAAGCAGACCUGCUCCCUGAGGAUGGCUAGCUAUGGCUGGACGACUGAUGACCUGGUGUUCCUGUGGAAGGAAGGUGACCCUGUCCAGGUGGUGAAGAAUCUACACCUGCCCCGUUUUACGCUGGAGAAGUUCUUAACUGACUAUUGUAACAGCAAGACUAAUACUGGUGAAUACAGUUGCCUGAAGGUGGAUCUGCUGUUCAAGCGGGAGUUCAGUUACUAUCUCAUCCAGAUUUACAUCCCGUGCUGCAUGCUCGUCAUCGUCUCCUGGGUCUCCUUCUGGCUCGACCAGGGCGCUGUGCCCGCGCGCGUCUCCCUAGGAGUAACAACGCUCUUGACAAUGGCGACUCAAUCGUCCGGCAUCAACGCCUCUCUGCCGCCCGUCUCCUACACUAAGGCUAUCGACGUGUGGACCGGCGUCUGCUUGACGUUCGUCUUCGGGGCGCUGCUGGAGUUCGCUCUCGUCAACUACGCGUCCCGCUCUGACAUGCACCGCGAGAACCUGAAGAAAACGAGACGGGAGAUGGAGGCGGCGGCCAGUAUGGAUGCGGCGUCUGAUCUGCUGGACACUGACAGCAAUGCUACAUUUGCUAUGAAGCCGCUGAUGCGCGCCGGCGACUCCAAGAUGCGGCAGUGCGAGAUCCACAUCACCAGCAAGCCCAAGAACUGCUGCCGCCUCUGGAUGUCCAAGUUCCCGACGCGCUCCAAGCGCAUCGACGUCAUCUCGCGCAUCACCUUCCCGCUCGUCUUCGCUCUCUUCAACUUGGCCUACUGGUCGACCUACCUAUUCCGCGACGAGGACGAGGAGAAGUGAUUCUCGCGCGAAGCGUCGGGCGCGCCGGACGUGGCGCGGCUGGUGAGCGCGGUGCUCGCGCCGUACGCGAUGUUCGCGGUCGCGUACUGCGCCUUCCUGCGCCCCCCCGCGCCUCGUCUCACGCCCGCGCACCGCCCUCGCCACCGCCCCCUCCCCGUGCGCCUCACGCGCUCCAUGCCCCUCUAGCAACACUCCGGCCCCGCGCGCCUCAUGCGCCUCACGCGCUCUACGUCACUUUAGCCCCCGCCCCGCAGCCCGCCCGCGGAGCAUCGCCGACGUGCGCUCGUCCCACACAAACACAAAGCAUUUACACAAAUACAUUAUAAUCUAUUACAGUGUCUGAUGUCUCCAUAUUCGCAGGUCAAUUCCUUUUCUUAUUGAGUGCAAUUUUGUCAAUAUUGCGAACCAACUUUUGACUGACCAGUGACCAUCAAUAAACAACAUUUAUAAAAUCAUAAAUCUUAGUUGUUUCUACUAAAAUGGUAACUUAUUCUUCACUGGUAACACUGAAAUAUUUAAAGCAGGCAAAAUUGCGGUAACGAGACGGAAUCGAUCUAAGACAUCAGCAUUAUCUGUAGAACAUAUUUACAGAUUAUGUAAUAAUCAUACUAUCCUACUAAUCUAGAUAUCUACAAGUCUAUGUGACUGGAGCACAGUUGAAAAUUCAGAAUAAUAUUAAUCAAGUAGUAUGUAACUAGAUGGAGAUUUUCGACAACUUUACUGUUCCCGCCGCCGCCGCCGCGGAACGUCUAGCGCAUAGAACACCGCUUCAGUAAAACUAUUAUAAAUAUUCCAUUAUUCAUAAAAUUUAAAUUAGAGUACCCGAAUUUUUUAAUCUAUAUGUGGUAGAUGAGUAUCAUAAAUAUAUGACAUAUAAUCAUCAAUGUAGAAUAAUAUGAAUAAUCCCUCUAUGUUUAGAUUUUAGACAACAUGAUAUACACUUGCUAUAAAGGGUGGUACAUAUAAAAACAACGCGAAAUAAUAUCUCAAAAAGGAGUAUGUACUAUCCCUAAAUGGCCUAGAUACUUUAGCUGUCUUUACACUAAAUCGUCUAUGAGACAAAUGGAUUUGUGAAACACAUUUUAAUCUUUACAUGUUUAGAUAAUAAGUAGAUUCUUCAAUAUUUCACAUGGCAACAUUGUUUUAAAAUUUAACCUCUCGCUGUCUAUGGUAUUAGUAAUUUUUUAUCUGUACCCUUAUAAAUUACCACUAUAAUCUGUGCCAGUCAGUCCUAAUUGAACGCAAUUAUAUAAUUUUAAAGCAAAUAUACUUUUUUUUAAUUUUAAAGCAAUGUUACAAUGGAUAUCGUAGGUACGAAUGAUGUGUGUAAAUAAUCAGGCCUACAACUUUCUACACCUGUGUCGCUCAGUGUACAGUUAUUUAUAUUAUGCAUAAGAUUAUCGUAAGAUCUUUUAGGCCAUUUCGACGUCACACAGCAACCUACCACACUGUAAAUAAAUUUAACGUUUCCUAACACUUGGAGCAUGAUUUUGACAGAUAACAAAUUAAAAAUAAAACAUGUUACUAAAAAAAGCUACACCAUAUUCGAUCUAAACAUUAUAAGAACAUUAUGGCUUUUGGAAUCUCAAUUGGAAGUUUUGUUAAAAUAUUGUCAUCCCACUCAUGAUCUUUAAGAAUAACAGAGACAAGAGAUGUUAUGUACACUAUGUUUCAAUCAGAAUCCUGUUCCAAGUCACCACUAUCUGUAUAUUGAUGUUUUAAACUAUCACAUUCGCUAUAUCUGGUUGUAUUAAUCGUUGGCAGCUUGAUGUUAUUUAGUUAACGCUAUGUACGGGUUAUGUAUUACCAUGUUGAGUGACCUGAUCACUAAGAUUACUCAAUAUAAUGGUUUCACUAUUGUUAUGUUUGUAUAUUUCUUGCUCAGUUUUCUAUUUCCGUCCCUUUAUUUUAAAUUUAGGUUGUUUAUACAUAUUUGGGAAGAAUAGAAACAAUUUUAGAUUCAUAUAUUCUGUAUUGUUAAUUAAAAUACAUGUGGCAACACUUAAGGUAAUGUCACAUUGAAAAAGCAUAUAACAAUUAACUUAAAGAUACAAAACAAAGCUAAAAUACAUUAUAAAUCACACAGCCAUGUUCAAAAUAAUAUCAUAAUUUACUUUCAAUCACUCCAAUCGUUAUAAAAUUAUAUAAACUGCAAUUUAGAUAUGUCUCCUUUAGAUAUUCUUGGGCUGUGAUGAGAAAUAUAGAUAAAAAAUUCAGUAGAUAUUUAAACAAUUCCGACUAAAACAUAGAUAAAAACACCAAAGAAUAAAAAUAAUACUGGCAACAAAAAGUUUCUAUCCUUUAAUUCAGAUCCAUGAUCAGCCAGUGCAUCUGAAACACAAAUUUAAAAAACAAAUUAAUUUACAAAGGAUUUCGAAAUAAAUAUCUCUUGUAUUCAAAAUGUUUACUUCAAGCAUAAGGUUAAAAAGCCAUUUCCUACUUAUACAUGAAGUUCUGUGAAUCGGAACGUAAAUUAAAAGGCCAUAAUGAACCAUAAAGAUAUUUGUUACUUUUUCAAAUGUUGCCAGCACUACAAACUUCUAAAAUGUAUCUCUGUAUGUCAUGAAUUAUUGUAUUUCUUCAUACUAUUGUUUUAAGGUCUGGUACGAUGUGAAAAGAAUUUUAA